UCCCCGGCGGAUCAGCAGACCUACCUCAAGGUACACAACGCCGAGCGAGCCAAGCACGGCGCGAAGGCGCUCACCUGGAACGCGACGCUCGCGACCAAGGCCCAGCAGUGGGCGAACAAGUGCCACUUUGAGCACUCGGGCGGGUCACUCGCAUGCAUUUCGACAGAGAACCUCGCCGCGGGCACCGGAGACUACACCAUCACGGACGCCAUUAACGGCUGGGACAACGAGGAGUCGCAAUACAACCCUUCGAGCCCUCAGUACUCCCACUGGACCCAGGUGGUCUGGAAGGGCACACACCAGCUCGGCUGCGCCGAGGCGACUUGCAAUGGUAUCUUCGAUCCCAAGUACGGUGCCGCCAAGUACUACGUCUGCGAGUACUACCCCGCCGGCAACGUCAUUGGCGAAUUUGCGUAA